GUUUGUAAACAUGUGUUGUUGCAGAAAUGUUUACGAAUUGACACUUGGAUGUGACUGUGCCGCUCAAUGUUAAUUUUGUUAGUUUAAAGCCAUAAUAAUACUGAAAGUAAGACAGGUCAACACCAUGAGAGAAGUUUUAGGACCCCUUUUGGGGCUGUUAUGCUUCCUUCUGACUGGCACCACAGUGAAGUGUCAAAGUAAAGUCAAGCCUGUAACAACUCAUCUUUCUGCCAAAUGGAGUCACACACCUCUGUUAUUGGAGACUGCAGAGUAUAUGAGAGAAGAGAGCAUUGCUACCUUCUGGGAGUUUGUGGAAGCUGUUUCACAAAAAGAUUUUACUCUUUUUACUAAAGGAAGUGAUAAAGCAGUAUAUAAUGAGAUCCUUAGAACUGCUGGUCAUUUUUUGUCACCGUCACAAGUCAGCAUUCUGAAGCUUAGCCUGUCCAUGAGAGUGUACUCACCAAAGAUUGAAAUGUUUUGUCAGAUUGCUCUAGACAGAAAUCUCCCAACUGGAGAGGACUGUAUUGCUGUAUUUGAUGUUAAUGGAGAGCUUGCAUGUAAUAUUGAGGCAAUGAAAAAAUUAGUGGAAGUAGGUUCAGGCACUAAACCUGUGUCUUAUGAUGUGGACCAUCAUUAUCCUGGAGGAGAGAAUGCUAAGAUUGGAGUCACCCUAUAUGCUGAACUAGGGACUAAAGAAUUCCGAGCACAUCAUUUAGCACUGAAGGAACUUGCUGGAUUGGGCAAAAUUGAUUAUGUUCUUCGACCAUAUAUAAAGGAAAGUACUAAAAAGAAGGUCCGAUUAAGUGGAUAUGGUGUGGAGCUUGCCAUCAAGAGCACUGAAUACAAAGCACAAGAUGACACCAAAGUGCAAGAUGACGGAGGCCGACAGGAGGAAGAUGAUGAACAGGAGGUGGAGAUUGAGGGUUUUCUCUUCUCUAAACUUGAGUCACUUCACCCAGAGAAAAUGAAUGAACUAGAACAGCUUCGUAAUCACUUGGUGGAUUCCCGGCACGAAAUGGCACCCAUGAAGGUUUGGCAGUUGCAACACCUGAGUAUGCAAGCUGCUCAGCGAAUUAUGACAACACCGAAGGAAGAGCAGUUGAGCGUCUUUGUGCACACGGCUCAGAAUUUCCCUAUGCUGGCACGGUCUUUAGUGAGAACAAAGGUUGAUGACAAGAUGAAAAGAGAGAUCUUGAAAAACCAGAAUCAGCUGAGUUCACAAAUGGAUGUCAACCCCUCUGAUGCUGCUCUCUUUAUUAAUGGGAUGUAUUUUGAUAUGGAUUUCACCGACAUCUACACACUUCUUGACCACAUCCGCACAGAAGACCGGGUUAUGGGGGGUCUUUAUAAACUGGGUGUUCCGGGAGAUUCACUUAGUACACUGUUAAACAUUGAUCUUAGUGAAAGUAAGCAAGAUUACGGUAUUGACAUCCGUGAUACUGCUAUUGUUUGGAUGAAUGACAUUGAGAAUGAUAGAGCUUAUAGCAAGUGGUCAUCAUCAGUUGGAGAACUGUUGAGGCCAACAUAUCCUGGCAUGUUACGCAGUAUCAGGAAGAAUUUCCAUAACUUAGUUAUUGUUGCGGAACCAGAGAAGGCAACAACAGCUGACCUCAUAAGACUGGUUGAAGGUUUCCUAACUCACAAUGCUCCUGUCCGCAUUGGUGUAGUCAUGUCUGUUAACUCUGACCAAACUCUAAGGGGUUAUGAUGAUGCUGGAGUGGCCAUGCUGUGUGCCUUCAAUUAUGUGGCUCAAAACUUAGAAGGCCGUGAGGAUGCAAACUACAAAGCACUUCAGUUCUUGGUUGAUGUGUACUCGAAUGUCCAAGGUGACAUAACGGUAGAUGAUGUAACAUCCCAUUUCAAGAGCAAGUACCGAAGUGUCGAUCUUGAAGAUGUGUUUGGAGAGGAUUCAGAUUAUGAUGUUGGCCGUAUGCUAGCUCAAGAGUUUGUUGAGAAAGCUGGUAUCACAAGUCUGCCUCAGGCUUUGAUGAAUGGUGUUCCUCUACCUGAGAAACAUUUGAAUGCAGAUGAAUUUGAAGAAGUUGUAUUGAUGGAUGUUAUGAGGACAACACAGACUUUGCAGCGAGCAGUUUAUAAAGGACAACUGGAAGAUAAACAUGAUGUUGUGGACUGGCUGAUGAGUCUGCCAAACGUCAUGCCAAGGCUGAAUGAAAGAAUCCUAAGUACAAAGAACUCUAAAUUUAUUGACCUAACUGGUUCAUCUGGAGAGACACUUAGUAGUGUGUCUGUAGAGUCUUUUGCAACACAAAAUGCACCAGAGAUGACAGCAACUCUGUCCAACUCUUGCCGAUACAUCACCACGAAGAAUGACCAAACCUUGCGACCUUUGACUGUGUGGAUUGUCGGAGAUUUUGACACAUAUGAGGGUCGAGCAAUACUUCUAGAAGGUGUAAAGUACUUGCGGGAGAGCAACAGCAUCCGUAUUUGUGCAAUACACAAUACAGAUCUCUCUAGUGAAAGUCCUAAAUUAUUUAGCCGAGCAGUAGAAGUAGCACAAACGACUCUGGCUCCAGCUGUUGCAAGGCAGUUCUUGGCAAAGGUUCUUGAGAAAGAUAAUGCCAAGAAGAUCAUUGCUGGAACAAAGAAGUGGAAAGACUUUGAAAUUGCUGGUUUAGAUAUUGAAGCCUUCACAUCACGCAUGGAUUCAUUCAAGGAUGCAGUAUUUAAGGCUCACUCAGUAUUUUGCAAAAAGGUAUUGGCUCUUUCACCUGGACAAAGGACUGUUGUUGCCAAUGGUAGACAUCUAGGAACAUUCAAGACAACAGAAAAGUUUGUUAUGGAAGAUUUUGGCCUUCUAGAGAAAUAUGUUCAUUCCACGUUCGGAGAGAAGCUUACAGAAGUGUUGGUUGGUGAAGAUCCGCCUGCGAAUGGUGAUAUCAGCGACUUGACAAUGAAGGUGGCUGGUGUGCUUCAGACCAAGCCUCAGUCCAAGGGCCGCACAACUGUCAACCUUCGCUCUGACCAAUAUUCUGUUGUUAAAAUUCCUGCCAGAAACCCUAACAUGCCCGUGUUUGAUAUUGUUGCGAUAUGUGAUCCAGUGUCAAGUGCUGCACAGAAGAUUGGUCCAAUCCUGAUGGUACUCCAGGAAAUUGUGAAUGCUGAAAUUCGUGUUGUCCUGAAUGCAAGGGAGAAGCAUUCCGAAAUGCCACUUCGGAGAUUUUACCGUUAUGUACUGGAACCUGAGCCACAGUUCACAGAGGCAGGCGACAUGACUGCUGGACCCUAUGCCCGAUUUACUGGUUUGCCAGAAUCAUCCAUUUUGACUCUGAACUAUCAUGCGCCAGAAAACUGGUUGGUAGAAGUUGUAAAAUCAGUGUACGACCUGGACAACAUCAAGCUUGAUUUAGUAGAGACAGGAGUUCACAGUGAGUUUGAGUUAGAACAUUUGUUGCUGGAGGGUCACUGUUUUGAGCAGUCCUCUGGAAAUCCACCAAGAGGGCUUCAGUUCACACUGGGUAACAGGCAGCAACCAGUUUUGGUUGACACCAUAGUAAUGGCAAACUUGGGAUACUUCCAACUAAAGGCUAAUCCAGGAGCCUGGUUAUUGAAGCUACGCCAAGGAAGAUCUGCAGAUAUAUACACUAUUGCAAGCCACGAAGGCACAGACACCCCAGUUGGUUCGGAUGAUGUGGAGAUUAUUAUCAGUAGCUUCCGUUCACACGUUGUCAAAGUACGUGUAGGAAAGCAACCUGGAAAGCAACACCUAGAACUCCUUGCAGAGGAAAAUGAGGAAUCAGGAGGACUCUGGAACUCCAUUACCAGCAUGCCGAUUGUUGGACCCAUAGUUGAAGAAUGGGGGGUCCUGUUAGCGGAUCUUAACUCUCUAGCUAAGGCUCACUGGUACAGCACCUUCAGCUCAAGUGGAGGCAAAGAGGAUGAAACUGAGAAGGUGAACAUUUUCUCUGUGGCAUCUGGGCAUCUGUACGAACGUUUCCUGAGGAUCAUGAUGGUGUCUGUCCGACGCCACACAAAGGCCCCAGUCAAAUUUUGGUUCCUCAAGAACUUCUUAUCUCCGAACUUCAAGGAUAUUCUGCCACUCCUUGCCAAAGAAUAUGGCUUUGAGUAUGAACUGGUCCAGUACAAAUGGCCCAGAUGGCUCCACCAACAGACAGAAAAACAGCGUAUCAUUUGGGGCUACAAGAUUCUCUUCUUGGAUGUGCUUUUCCCCUUAGAUGUUAAGAAGAUUAUUUUUGUUGAUGCAGAUCAGGUUGUACGUGCUGAUGUCAAGGAGCUGAAUAAUGAAGAGCUUGAUGGAGCUCCCUAUGGAUUUGUGCCUUUCUGUGAAUCACGCAAGGAAAUUGAAGGAUUCCGGUUCUGGAAACAGGGCUAUUGGCGCAAUCACCUAGCUGGAAGAAAGUACCACAUCUCUGCUCUGUUUGUUGUUGAUCUGAAAAAGUUCCGUAGGAUUGCAGCAGGUGACCGACUCAGAGGCCAGUACCAAGGGCUUUCCCAGGAUCCUAACUCACUUUCAAACUUAGAUCAGGACCUUCCUAAUAACAUGAUACAUCAAGUGCGUAUUAAGUCAUUACCUCAAGAUUGGCUCUGGUGUGAGUCUUGGUGUGACGAUGACUCAAAGAAAAGUGCCAAGAUCAUUGAUUUGUGUAAUAACCCAAUGACCAAGGAAGCAAAAUUAGUGGCUGCACAGAGAAUAAUUCCAGAAUGGAUUGAAUAUGAUAAUGAAAUAAAGGCUGUAUUAAAAGGAUUCAAAGAAAAUAAAUCAAUUGCAGAGGAACAGCCUAGUCAAUCACCCCAUAUAGAACUAUGAUACUCAUGUAUGGGGGUAAUGUUUUGUAAGUAAUGUUUAUAGAUGUCGUAUGAUUUAUUUAUGAACAUAUCCAAUGUUACAAAUGUAAGUUUUCAUGCAGUUCAUUGAAAAUCAUUGUCAUUCUAAGAACAUUCAUUUGAGAUGUAAAAAUUUUUGGUAUUUGUGUGAAUAAAAGCCAUUUUUUUAUUUAUACAUUCCUUGAUAAUUGCGAUUCUUCUGUUCAGCCAACAUGGAUAUGAUAGUGGUAAAACAUUUUUAAUGUCAGAGUUAUUUUUCUUUUCUUUUCUUUUUUUUAUAAAAAUCUAAUAAAAAAUAAAUAAAUGAUGAAAUCUU